UGUUCUUGCAAUCAAAUCAUUAAGAAGUAUUUUUAUAAACAAGUUUCCUCCCUUCUAUAAAUCAUUAGCAAGUCUGAUUUGUUUUUCUCACUGUGCCCCCAGAACGCUCUAGCGAAGCUUACAAUCACAAUCACCGCAUGCAAAUUGCAAUGUUCUGUUGAGUUGUGUUUUCGAAUCUAAGAGACAUCUUGAUGUAAUAUUUCUAUAAUUUCUCAAUUGUUUUCGUGGGGCAGCAAUUAUUAGCGUGUGUUUUGUGUCUUCGUAUUUGUAUGCGGGCACAAUCGAAUAACGCACAAGGGAAUAUGCUGUCCAAGCUACUGUAUUUCAACGCGCACCUAAUGGCGGUAUCCUGCUUGUACGAGUGUUCUUCGCAUGUGGGAUUCAGUUUCUCUUGUUUUNCCAAGCAUAUUGACCCUUCUGAAAGUUUUGAUCUUUGUUCUAUUUCUUGAUCUGGGGUGACAUUGGAAUUGACAUUUUGUGGUAUCAAAUAAAUGCCAGGAGGUGGAAAACGGGGAGAUUUCAAUUUCUUGAUCCGACUAGUGUAGGCACAUUAAACUUUAUGUGGUUGUUGAGUUUGGAGUUCCCAUUCUGCCGAUAUUGUAAAGUGUUGUUUGUUAGGAGAUCGCAAUACUAUACAUUUUUUUUUUCCCAUAAUUUUCUCAAUAUGCAAGCUGUGGGGAGACUAGGUAGCUACAUUAGUAAAAGCGUAUACUCAGUGUCAGGCCCUUUUCACCCAUUUGGUGGUGCAGUUGAUAUUAUCGUAGUAGAGCAGCCAGACGGGACCUACAAAUCCUCCCCUUGGUACGUCCGCUUUGGGAAAUUUCAAGGUGUACUGAAAACAAAAGAGAAGGUGGUCAGCAUUAACGUUAAUGGGGCUGAGGCGAAGUUUCACAUGUACUUGAAUCAUAAAGGGGAGGCUUAUUUCUUGAAGGAAGUUGAUGAAGAAGAAAAUGAUGGCGGGGGUCCAGUGUGCUCACCUCCAUCCUCAUCCGGUGAGGACAUGGAAAGAAGCAUGAAUAGGAGGCCGUUGGAAACGAUAAAUUACAAUUGCGACCCUAAGUGGUCUGAAAACGAAAAAGAUGCAGUGAUCAAGAUGCAUUCUCGGCCAUCUCAGAUUUUGGGUUUUGUUUUCGGCAGAAAACCAGCAAAAGGUGAAGAAAAUGAAUCUGGGGCUGUCAGGGCAGACUCUUUGGAACGAGCCGAGAUUGCAGCAGAUUUACUUGACUUGAAGUGGUCGACCAAUCUUGAUUCUCCUAGGCUCAAGAAAGGUGAUAAUAGUUGUAACAAUAACAAUAAUGCUUCACGGGUUCCGACUGAUAUAUCAAGAGAUGGAGUGGAUAGAAAUUCGCUGGUUGAUGAUUCUCGUAUUGGGGAAAAUAUGACCGAAAUGAAAUGUGUUAUUGAAAAGUAUGUUGUUGAAACAAUGACUUCAGUUGAAAAUUCGGAGAGUGAUGAAACAGGCUUCUCUAGAUCAGAAUAUAAUGCUAGUCCAGCUAAUGUAAUCUCAGAGGUUGCACAGAUUCAAGAUUCUGUUGAGAAGGGUAAAGGGGAUACUCAGUUUACUUUGGUUUGUGAAGAGAGGCUGUGUACAAGUGGAGGAAGUACGUAUACUGCUUCAGAAACUAUCAUCGCUGAAUAUUCUGAAUCAGUUUCAAUUCACGAAGCUAAUAAAAAAGUUGUAUCACAAGGUGAUGAAGUAAAUGUGUGUGGAUCCCCUGAAGAGCCUCCUUGUAAACCCCAGAGUUUGAUCUGUGAUAAUCGAGAACCCGGAAUCUCAGAGGAAGAGCAGCUGGUCUUUGGUAAUCUAGAUGAUUUUGGCUUGGCUGAUGUUAGAGUGGAUUCCUCAAUUUCAUCAAGGGAUGAUGAUGGUUUUAUUGAGUCAUGUAAUGCAAAAUGUUUGUCAUUGGACCAAUCUGUUAUAGACAACUAUAUUGACGAUGUUGAUCCACAAAGAAUAGGGUUAAGAUCAGUAUCUAGCGAGUCUUGCAUAAAGGAAACUGGCAAUGUUCAUUCCAAAGCUGUCAAAAGACUAGUGAGGUCAUUGCCGAUUACAGGACCUCUCAGUGAUAAGCUUGAGAUAAGUGAUGAGCGACAAUCACCUGGUGUUCAGACGUAUGGUAGUGUUGCAGUUAUACAAGAUAUGAAAGAGGGACAUGAUAACCCGGUAACCGGUACUCCUCCUAGGCCAAUUGAUUCUUCAAAUGGAUCCCAGAGAACUUGGCCAUUCCCUUUUAAGAGAUCAAAAAGCAUGAAAAGUACUCGUGUGGAGACAAAUGCCAUUGAAAACCAUAAUUUGGUGGAGGUCCUAAGGAACUCUGCAAAUUCAGAAGGGAAGGAAGAUGUGACCGAAGUAAAGGAAAGAAAGAGAACAUUUAUGCGAACACUUACUCCAACAUCUGAACAGCUGGCAUCCUUAAGUUUGAAAGAAGGAAAGAAUAUAGUGGUAUUCACCUUCCAAACCACUAUGCUAGGCAAGCAACAGGUUGAUGCCCGGAUUUUUCUUUGGAGAUGGGACACUCGAAUUGUCAUCUCUGAUGUUGAUGGGACAAUUACACGGUCUGAUCUUCUAGGUCAAGUUAUGCCUUUGGUUGGUAUGGACUGGUCACAGACGGGUGUUGCCCAUCUGUUCUCAGCAAUUAAGGAGAAUGGAUAUCAGUUACUUUUCCUAAGUGCACGUUCAAUUGCUCAGUCCUUCCUUACACGGCAAUUCCUUUUGAACAUUAAACAGGAUGGAAAAGCCCUACCUGAUGGACCUGUCGUAAUUUCCCCUGACGGCCUCUUUCCUUCUCUAUUUCGCGAAGUGGUUCGAAGAGCUCCGCACGAAUUCAAGAUUGCUUGCUUGGAGGACAUAAAGGCCCUAUUUCCUGCCGAUACAAAUCCAUUUUAUGCUGGUUUUGGAAACAGAGACACGGAUGAGUUUAGCUAUCUUAAGGUGGGGAUCCCACGCGGAAAAAUAUUCAUCAUAAAUCCAAAGGAAGAUUUCAAUUCAUGGAAUUACUGGAAACUUCCACCACCUAUGAUUGACUCUUGAAGGUGCUGCAAAUGAAGUGCAUGCAAUCAGGACAGGAAAUAUCUUCCAAGGAUUGGGAAUGUUCAGGGUGGCAGAACACACAACUUCAUCCUCAAACACGAAUACCACCUUUUGUUUAUAAAUGGCUCCUAGCCUUGUAAAAAAUUCCCCAAUACAAUGGGAUGGGUUAUUUGCUUUCUGUCCCCACCGGCAUCAAGUGGCACUCGCAUUCAUCUUUGUGUAUGGCUCUUAUUUCUAUGGUAUGUUUACACUUGGGCGGCUAGUUUAUUUUUAGUGCCUUUUGGAUCGAUAUGUAUCGACAGUUGGAAGUUUGAUUAUUUGUCAAUUUUGUCGAAAAAAAAAGAUUAUUUGUCAAUUUUGGAAAAUUGGUUGCUUGAAACUGUGUGUUUCGAAGUUCCCAUGAAAUUUCUUUACCUCAGAUUUUGUAAGUUGUAGAACAUAUGUUCAUUUCAUAUAAGGCUCUUGUUUCAUGCACAAUAUCUUGUAAAGAAAAAUUGUUCUCAAGAA